AGCUCGGUGCUCCAAGUUAGAAAAAGGCUUUUACGAGGUAUCAGCACUUUUCUUUCAUUGGGGGAAGGCGUGAGGAAAGUACCAAACAGCAGCAGACUUUUAAACUUUAAAUAGACAGGUCGGAGAGCCUGAGCCCUCCUUUUCCUUGACUUCAGCCUCCUAGGAGCCUCACUUUGGCGCGCCGGCUUCGCUUUCGUUAAGCGAAAGAGAGUUGCCCAGCCAUGGGUGACUGGAGUGCCUUGGGGAAGCUUCUGGACAAGGUCCAAGCCUACUCCACAGCUGGAGGGAAGGUGUGGCUGUCGGUGCUCUUCAUUUUCAGAAUCCUGCUGCUGGGGACAGCGGUUGAAUCAGCGUGGGGUGACGAGCAAUCAGCCUUUCGCUGUAACACCCAACAACCUGGUUGUGAGAAUGUCUGCUACGACAAGUCCUUCCCCAUCUCACACGUGCGCUUCUGGGUCCUUCAGAUCAUAUUCGUCUCGGUGCCCACGCUCCUGUAUUUGGCUCAUGUGUUCUACGUGAUGAGAAAGGAAGAGAAACUGAACAAGAGAGAGGAGGAGCUCAAAGUGGCCCAGACAGAUGGUGCCAACGUGGACAUGCACCUGAAGCAGAUUGAAAUCAAGAAGUUCAAGUACGGGAUCGAAGAGCACGGCAAGGUGAAGAUGAGGGGCGGCCUGCUGAGAACCUACAUCAUCAGCAUCCUCUUCAAGUCUGUCUUCGAGGUGGCCUUCCUGCUGAUCCAGUGGUACAUCUAUGGGUUCAGCUUGAGUGCCGUCUACACCUGCAAGAGGGAUCCCUGCCCCCAUCAGGUGGACUGCUUCCUCUCCCGUCCCACCGAGAAAACCAUCUUCAUCAUCUUCAUGCUGGUGGUGUCCUUGGUGUCUCUCGCUUUGAAUAUCAUCGAACUCUUCUAUGUCUUCUUCAAGGGUGUUAAGGAUCGCGUGAAGGGGAGGAGCGAUCCUUACCAUGCCACCACUGGCCCACUGAGCCCCACAAAAGACUGUGGCUCUCCAAAAUACGCUUACUUCAAUGGCUGCUCCUCACCCACCGCUCCGCUCUCGCCUAUGUCUCCUCCUGGGUACAAGCUGGUUACCGGUGACAGAAACAAUUCCUCGUGCCGCAAUUACAACAAGCAAGCGAGUGAGCAAAACUGGGCUAAUUUCAGUGCCGAGCAAAACCGAAUGGGGCAGGCCGGAAGCACCAUCUCCAACUCCCACGCCCAGCCUUUUGAUUUCCCCGAUGACAACCAGAAUGCCAAAAAGAUUGCAGCUGGACAUGAACUCCAGCCCUUAGCCAUUGUGGACCAGCGACCUUCCAGCAGAGCCAGCAGCCGCGCCAGCAGCAGACCUCGGCCUGACGACCUGGAGAUCGACAAGAGGCUUGUGCAUCAAGAUGACACUCGAUCGUGGAAGAGAAAAAGGGUGCUUACAGAAAGUAUACCUGGGGUGUUCAUUUUGUUCCCUUGGAGGUGGUACUCAACAACCUCAGUGAUGAGGUGUAAGACAUUAUAAUACCUAGGUUCCUUGGGGGUGUUUGGGAUAGCUAGGUGGAGCAGGUGGGGAUAUGGGAGGUACAUAUUGGUAAUUUAAAUGUAGUUGAUUCAAAGAACUUAAAUUCUAGUAAGAAUUGCAUUGGGUGAACAUAGAUAGGUAAGGGCUUUCUCUCUCUUCCCCCCAACCGAACCUUAAGAAUGGUUCUGUAUAUGUGAGUGAGUGGGUGAUUUUUUUUUUUUUUAAUUUUUAUUUUUGUUUUUAUCAAGAAACAGCAAUAGCUUUGGCCAGGAACCCAUGCUUCCUCAGCAUUACGUUUUCCUUAUGAAGUGAUAGGUUGUCCUAUGUCCCUGUUAAAACAUUCCAGUGUCAAAGCCUUGCGGUUUGCAGAUGAGCAUUCUAGGCCUGACUCUCCGGGUGUGGAAAGACCUUGCGCUGCUCUACACAAUCCUCAUUCUUAGUAUCAACUCAAAAGUUCAGACAAGGCUCAAAGAGAAACAUGACCCACGUAGUUACAUCCCAAUGGGUUCUUUUCACAUCUGUCCCACCUUUGUGUCACCAUCGCCCAUACGUCAUCCUCAACAGUCCCUUACAUUCACCAAAUGGUUUCUGUCGACAUUUCUACAAGGGUCGUAUAAUGUCAUUUAGUGGUUUCCUUUGGAGUUAGCAUCAGGGAAGCAAGCCCUGCUCGAUAUUUAACAAUCACUUCUACGUGUGUGUAUGCAUGUGUGUAAGCGUGUGUUUUAUUCAUCAUUAUUGGUACAAGCAGACUCACAAAUGCAGAUUUGAAUCAAAUGCACACCGUGUUCAAAUUUGAACCUUCCUCAUGGAUUUUUGUGGUGUGGGCCGAUAUGGUGUUUACAUUAUAGAAUCCCUGCUGUGCCAGCAAAGCACACUUUUUCCCUAAAUUUUUUUUUCCAUGUAUCCUAUUAUGGAUACUGGUUUUGUUACUUACGUUUUUUCCCCCCUCUUUUUUAGAAUGUAGCAGUAAUGCCGUUACUGAAAUGAAUGAUUUCCUUUCUCUGAAAUAUAAUCAUUGAUGCUUGAAUGAUAGAAUUUUAGUACUGUAAACAGGCUUUAGUCAUUAAUGUGAGAGACGUAGAAAGAGAAAUGCCUAGAGUGGACUAUUAAGUGUGCCUAAAGGAAUUUUGUAGUAACUGGUAAUUUGAUUUUUCUCCUACAUAACUACACAUUAAUUCAGAACUUGUAUUCUGAGUUUAACAGUCUUUUUAGAGUGACGAGCAACUUUAAUGUUUGCACUAAGAUUUUAUUUGAAACACAAGAGGGGUUGAAGGUUUCAGUAGUACAUGUGUAACUAAUUUAUUUGAACUAUAUGCUAAAGACAUCUACCAGUUUCUUCAAAUGCCUUUUUAUAAAACUCAUUACCUAUGAUUGGGCAAUGUUGACUAUCCUAUUUUUCUUACUGCACGUCAGCUACAUAAAUGGUUUUGUACAAUGAAAAACUAAUUUGUUUGACAUUCCAUGUUAAACUACUGUCAUGUUCAGCUUCAUUGCAUGUAAUGUAGACCUAGUCCAUCCAAUCAUGUGCUCGGAAGAGUGUUCUUUAUUCAAUAAAGUUUUAAUUUAGUAUAAAGAUA